GAGGGCGUGUUGUACAUGUUGUGGCACUAGUGUCGAACGAGGGCAUUAGGCAACUGGCGAAGGUAGCAGCGUGUGCUACUGUUUCUUGCUUUGUAUCUCGUGUCACGUGGGAUUCGACAAUCGACAUGACUAGGACGAAGAUAGACAACAGGAUCAGGAUCCUGAUAGAAAAUGGGAUCAAGCUGAACCACAGGACUAUGUUCGUCGUCGUCGGUGACAAGGGCAGGGACCAAGUUAUGAUCUUGCACCACCUCCUCACCAAGGCGACUGUGAAGGCGAGACCUUCCGUCCUCUGGUGCUACAAGAAGGAGCUGGGCUUCACAAGCCACCGGAAGAGACGGAUGAAGAAGGUCCAGAAGAAGAUCAAAGGCGGGAAGAUGAACAUCAACGAGGACGAUCCGUUCGAGCUGUUCGUCGCAUCGACCAACAUCAGGUAUUGCUAUUAUUCCGAGACGCAGAAGAUCCUCGGGCAGACGUUCGGCAUGUGCGUCCUCCAGGACUUCGAAGCCAUUACGCCAAACUUGCUGGCCAGGACGAUAGAAACAGUGGAAGGUGGAGGUGUUGUCGUCUUGCUCCUGCGCUCAUUGACAUCAUUGAAACAACUGUACACGAUGUCGAUGGAUGUACAUGAGAGGUACAGGACCGAAGCGCAUCAAGACAUCGUUGGCAGAUUUAACGAAAGAUUUUUGCUUUCUCUUUCAUCGUGUCAGAGGUGUCUUGUUGUCGAUGAGAAACUCAACGUCCUUCCGAUAUCCUCACAUGUCUUUGAAAUAUCCUGCAUGGAGGAGAAAGUGAAAACAUACCAUAAUCCACAAGAGCUUGAGUCUUUAAAAGAAGCAUUGAGAGACACUCAACCUGUCAGUAGUCUAGUGAAUUGCUGUAAGACUUUAGAUCAAGCGAAAGCCGUUUUGAAAUUUAUAGAUGCAAUAAGCGAUAAGACUUUGAAAUUCACCAUAUCCUUGACUGCGGCUCGAGGUCGGGGAAAGUCAGCAGCAAUGGGCCUUGCUGUUGCGGGCGCGAUUGCUUUCGGCUAUUGUAACAUUUUUGUAACUUCACCAUCUCCGGACAAUCUUAAAACUUUUUUUGAAUUUGUUUUUAAAGGGUUUGAUGCUCUGGGAUACCAGGAACACAUUGAUUAUGGUUUAGUGCAAUCUUUAAACGCCGAUCAUAACAAAGCGUUGAUUCGAGUCAAUGUUUUUAAGACGAACAGGCAGACUAUACAGUACAUCAACCCUACAGAUGCUGUUAAAUUGAGCCAUGCGGAAUUAUUGGUCAUUGAUGAAGCCGCUGCGAUACCAUUGCCUUUCGUGAAGGAUAUGUUUGGCCCUUAUUUAAUAUUUUUAUCAUCUACGAUUAAUGGCUAUGAAGGAACCGGAAGGUCUCUGUCCCUCAAGUUGCUACAAGAAUUAAGAAAUCAGUCAAAAAGUACAGAAGGCAGUAAUUGGUCAGGAAGAACAUUACAGGAAAUAACACUAGACGAAUCAAUCAGAUACAGUCCUAACGAUUCGGUAGAACAAUGGCUCACUGAUUUAUUAUGCUUAAACGCCUGCAACACAGAACCGUCAUGGAGCGGAAUCCCACCGCCUACCGAGUGUGAACUCUAUUACAUAAAUCGUGACACUUUAUUUUGUUAUCAUAAAGCCUCGGAAUCGUUUCUUCACAAAAUAAUGGCUUUGUAUGUUUCGUCCCAUUAUAAAAAUAGCCCUAAUGACUUGCAGCUAAUGUCAGACGCUCCAGCCCAUCAUUUAUUCUGCCUUUUAGGCCCAGUAGAUCCUAAACAGACAACUCUGCCAGAAGUGUUUUGUGUUAUUCAAGUGUGCCUUGAAGGUCAGAUAUCUCAACAGUCUGUUGGUGAUGCGAUGUCACAGGGCAGGAAGCCGACUGGCGAUUUGAUACCCUGGACUGUUGCACAGCAGUUUCAGGAUAAUGAUUUUCCUGCAUUAUCAGGACUGAGAAUUGUCAGAAUAGCGACUCAUCCUGAUUAUCAAUCCAUGGGGUACGGAUCGAGAGCAUUGUCCUUAUUGAAAUCAUACUACGAAUUGAAGUUUCCUAUUUUAGAAGAAUCAAAUGUUGAAUUGGAAAAAACAAAGGAUGAUCAGUAUAAUGAUUUAUUAGAGGAAGAAAUAGCACCGAGAUCAAAUUUGCCUCCGUUAUUAAUUAAACUGACAGAGCGCUCACCAGAGAAAUUAGAUUAUUUAGGCGUUGCUUACGGACUGACUUCUCCUUUGCUUAAAUUUUGGAAAAGGGCUGGUUUUAUUCCAGUUUAUCUCAGGCAGACCUCAAACGACCUUACAGGGGAGCAUUCUUGCAUUAUGCUUAAAAUUUUACAAACGUCUGAAAAUAACUCACCUUGGCUUUUUCAAUAUUGGACUGAUUUUAAAAGAAGAUUCGUUUCUUUGCUUUCUUACCAGUUUAGAACUUUCACAACAACUUUAGGCCUCGGUGUAUUAAUGAAUGAGAACUGCAGCCUGCCAAAGGAAACGAUAUCAAAAAAUGUCUUAGAUAUAUAUCUGACCAAGUACGAUUUGAAGAGGUUAGAGCUUUAUUGCAACAAUUUAGCCGAUUAUCAUCUCAUCAUGGAUUUGAUGCCAACUGUAGCAAGGUUGUUCUUCCUCGAUCAGUUAGGCCAUACAAAAUUCACCGCGGCACAGUCUGCGAUUCUCCUUGGGCUGGGCCUGCAACACAAGACAGUCGAUGACAUUGCAAAAGAACUCGAUUUGCCCACAACACAAUUGCUCGGCCUUUUCAACCGAUCGAUGAGAAAGAUCCAACAAUAUUUUCUGGGCAUAACGGAACAAGAAGUAGUGAAAGACCUAGGACUCGACAACGUUAAAGAAAAUGGCAAAGAAAACAUGACUAUCGAACCUCUGGCCGAAGAGCUUGAUGCUGCGGAUCGUGCUAUGAAGAAGAAACAAAAGAAAGAAAAGAAAAAAGAUGAGAAAUCCUUUUUAGAACAAUCCUACACGAUUGAGAACGAUGAUGAAGAUUGGGACAAAGCCUUGAAUGGAAAUGUCCCAAGCAUUGUCUCGGUGAAGAGCAACAAACCGACCAAUGUUCAAGAAUUCCAACCACCAAAGAAGAAAAAGAAAUUUAAUAAAAAGUUUUAAAAAACAUCUGUGAAUAUAUAUUUGUAUAUAUUUUGACUAUA